GAUAUUAACUUUGCUGAUAUAUACUUUUCUGAUGGUAUAUUGCUAUUCGACAUAUGAAUAUAUAUCCCACCCCCUUGAUUUAGAUAUCCACCAAUGAGAUGACAAUGAGGACUACGACGGCAUCUAGCUUCUCAAAUGAAGCAGGGUUUUUCAGCUAGCUAUGAUGGGCGCUGCUUUUGUGUCGGUGCCAUCACAGCGGCUGGUACUAAUUUUGGGAGGGAGCCGGCUCUGAAGCCAUUGGAAGAACACAAAUCGAUUCCCACGGGAACAUAACAUUAUGCCAACAUUUCCUGAGCAAAGGGAUUAAAUUAAAGCAAUGGUGUUCUUGGGAAGGGUUGUAAAACUGCAAGUUGCAGUUCUCCGGAGAGCUCUAUCGUCUUGCGUUGCUGUCAAAACAACUAGUACGAGCCGAGUGAAAGUACUUGCUCAGAUCCAGCGUCAAGUACAGCUCCAGUGGGGAACACAGAGAGCUGUGUUCUGCAGUACUCUAGCACCCUCCAAUGACAUCACUGUGGAGCACAGAUAUGGGCGGCCUGUGGUGGCUCUCCCCCUCCCUUCCAGGAAAGAGCGAUGCCGCUUCACACUGCGGCCCCUGCUCAUGACCGUGGGGGACUUCGUCCAGGACAUUCAAAGGGAGGACAAAGGCGUGACCUCUGUCUCAGUGCUCAGUACAGACGGAAUGAAGAUUUCCUCUUCUACGUCUAUUGAGAAUCUCCUAAGCAAAGACUUCCAGCUCCUUAUCAAUGAUGUCACCUACGAUGUGCAUUCAUCAAACAUAGGAAAGGUAUCCAGUGAGCAGCUGACACAGCUAGAGGAUAUGAAGACCCUUGUCCACAGGCUUCACAUUGCCCUUCACCUCUCAGAACACCACCUGCUGAAGGAGAAGGAGCUUCUGGAAAAACUGGAUGGACUGAAAGAAGAGCUCACUCCUCUGGAGAAGGUGAAGUCCCAGGUAGUGAGGAAAGCAGAGUUCAGGUCAAGCACGCUGAUGUGGGUUGGAAUAGCCCUGCUGUCAGCCCAGGGGGGCGCUCUGGCCUGGCUCACAUGGUGGGUGUACUCUUGGGACAUCAUGGAGCCCGUCACUUACUUCAUCACAUAUUCCACUAGCAUGGGAGCCCUGGCCUACUUCAUCCUGACAAAGCAGGACUAUGUGUACCCUGACAUGAAAGACAGGCAGUUUCUCCAUGAUCUCUACAAAGUAUCCAAGAGGCAACGAUUUGAUGUGCAGAAGUACAACAAAUUAAAAGAAGAAUUGGCUUUGGUUGAAGAGGACCUGAGACGGCUGAGAAACUCCAUUCAGCUGCAGCUGCCCAUCGAGCAGAUCAAGCCCAGGGAGUGAGAGGAGUCUCUUCAGACAGGCACAUAAACCAUACCACGGACUGAGCUAGAGCUUUCUUUUUGUGAAGUCUUCAAAUAAACCGAGUGCUUUUAAAAUG